ACCUUUUUACUGAAGAGGAUACUAAAGCAAUGGCCUAAUACAAUUUUGCGGAAAGAUGUAUAUAAUAAGAGAUACAAAUGUUGAACACAGACAUUGUUGUUCUCAUCAAUAAAACAUGGAAAAAAACAUAAACUAUUCAAGAACAGCAAGAAACAAGAACUGCCAAAGGUAACGUCGUUGCCCAAUUUUGUAAUGGUAAUAUGCUCCCAUAAAUCUUUAUCACACCUUAUUAGAAAAUGUUCUACGGAUCACUCUCCCCCCUUCGGCCGUAUCAGCUCAUCUCCACCGCCGGCAGCUCGGAAGUACCUUCUUGUAUGAAGAUAUGUAAGAGACAAUAGAGACAGAGAGAGAGGAAGGUUUGAUGAGCAUCAUCCAUUGAUGGUCUCUACGACCUCAAAAGAGAAGCCAAGUGACAGAGACGUUUCAUUUUCAGUUUAUAGAACGAAAAGUAGGUCGCUGGAGGGAAUAUAUUCACAAGCAUAUGCUUCAUUAACCAUUAACUUAGCUGACCUGAGACCCAUUAUUACAACCUUUUUCACUUUUUUUUGUUAAUUAUUAACGUGUGAGUAACAUGGGCUGCUCGCCACAAAAGUAGAAAGAUAGUGAGGUCUGCUUUGCCUAAUUGUCUCUCAUUGUCAUUGGACUAUACCUUCGAUCUAUCAAUUUUACGAGGUUACCAAAACUUAGCUUGCUUUAACUCUAAAUGAUCGGAUGUAGAGACUCACACUUGGUAUGUGAUUUUUCUGCAGUGUAACUUCUUUUCGGUUCCAAAUGUAUUCUCAGUUUGCUACAUCUGCAUUUGCUCUAACCAGGUCAUCACAACUCGAGACUCUGAAGCUAUGUUUCUUAUAUCGAAUUGUCUUUGGGUUAGCAAAAUGUUCUCAAUAUACCUAUCUGAAAACAGGUAACUCACAAACAGGUUCACUAUCAUCAAAAACAGGUAACUCACAAAAAGGUUCACUAUCAUCAAAAACUAAUUCUACCUGUAAAAAUUCAGAGGGAAGUAGAAUCAGCCGGAUACACGGACAGAAGUAAAUGGUACAUUUACCAGUUACCACUGGACUUUGGUUGUGCAAGUAAAUGGGAUUUACAUUUAGCAGUUAAGUUUGCCUGUGUGAUGUUUGUUGUCACCCAAAGUGGCUGUAGUUUAGUGGUAAGAAUUCCACGUUGUGGCCGUGGAGACCUGGGCUCGAAUCCCAGCAGCCACAUUCUUUUUUUAUUUCUAUUCAUAAUUUAUAUGGGCCUGUAAUUGUUUAUAUUUUUGCUUACAAAAACUUGGCACUGCUGGGCCUAUGUACAUAUUUAUUACUAGUAUAAAAUGAAGAACGUAAUGGAUAAAUAAUUAAUAUACAAAAACUUAUAUGUGAAAAAACAUUUAUAUUCGAUAGAAUUAGUCAAUGUCAAUAAUGAUUAGAUGGAAACAAAAUAAAUCAUAUGAUCGUGGACAUAAGGAAAUGGAUGAAAUUUUGACUAAAAUAUUAAUUACAGUAUUUAUCCCGAAGUAAAUCAAAUCGCCAAAUCCCCUUUGUAACGGUGUGAUUAACCCUCCUCCACUCCACCUCUCGUGUAUAUAUAUAAAGGCUUGCAUCUCAUUCCCAUCUCAUAUCAAACGUACACUCUUCACCACCUCUUUUCUUAACCGAUCUUUGCGUUUUCUUUAGAGAGAAUCUGAAACUAUGGAGCUUGAUCUUACACCAAAGCUGCCAAAGCAAGUGUACGGAGGAGAUGGAGGAUCGUACCAUGCAUGGUGUUCAGAAGAGUUGCCGAUGCUUAAAGAGGGUAACAUUGGAGCAGCAAAGCUUGCCCUUGAGCAGCACGGGUUCGCUGUUCCUCGUUACUCUGAUUCCCCUAAGGUUGCCUACGUUCUUCAAGGAUCUGGAACUGCCGGAAUUGUCCUCCCUGAAAAGGAGGAGAAGGUGAUAGCUAUCAAGAAAGGUGACUCUAUUGCUCUUCCUUUUGGUGUGGUUACAUGGUGGUUCAACAGUGAGGAAACCGAGCUUGUUAUCCUCUUCCUUGGUGAAACACACAAGGCUCACAAAGCAGGACAGUUCACUGACUUCUACCUCACCGGCUCAAACGGAAUCUUCACCGGUUUCUCCACUGAGUUUGUAGGGAGAGCAUGGGAUUUGGAAGAGAGCGUAGUGAAGACACUUGUCGGUUCUCAAACUGGUAAAGGCAUUGUGAAGCUGGAGGCCGGUUUCAAAAUGCCACAACCUAAGGUGGAGGACCGUGAUGGGUUUGUGCUGAACUGUUUGGAAGCUCCUCUUGAUGUAGACAUCAAGGACGGUGGGAGAGUUGUUGUCUUGAACACCAAGAACCUUCCUCUGGUUGGGCAGGUUGGGUUUGGUGCUGAUCUUGUUCAGAUCGAUGGACAUUCCAUGUGUUCACCUGGUUUCUCUUGUGACUCGGCUCUUCAAGUGACUUACAUUGUUGCUGGUAGUGGAAGAGUCCAAGUGGUUGGUGCUGAUGGGAAAAGAGUUCUUGAGACUCAUAUCACAGCUGGUUCUCUCUUCAUUGUUCCAAGGUUCUUUGUGGUUUCAAAGAUUGCUGAUCCUGAGGGCAUGUCUUGGUUCUCCAUCGUGACUACUCCCGAUCCAAUCUUCACACAUUUGGCUGGGAGGACAUCGGUUUGGAAGGCAUUGUCCCCAGAGGUUUUGCAAGCUGCGUUUAAGGUUGAUCCAGAGGUGGAGGAGUCCUUCCGCUUUAAGAGAACUUCGGACGCCAUCUUCUUCCCUCCUUCCAACUGAAGAAGGCAAAGAGAGAACAAGAACCAGCUUUAUCAUUAAUCGUUGUUGUUUUUUUCUUAUUAGGGUUUCUCAUUGCUUGUGAUUCACGAAAGUAUUUUCGCUUUGCAUUUCUUCCUUGUGAUUUUCCUGGACCGGUUCUUGUUCUCUUUGUUCAGCUUUUAAGGUUUCUUUAUUGAAAUAAAUAAAACAAUCUAUCAUGUACUAA